AUGGACGACGUUCGAUCGGACUAUCAGCUUAGCCUGUCCACGAAUGGCAGUGAUGAAACUCAUUGGCUUGACUCCAGCACUCAUGUGAAUUCACUGUUCUCAGCAAUUGCCAUCGGCUGUCUGAUAGGAACCAUUCCAAGCACUUUUCUAAUUCACAAACUUGGACUGUGCAGAACUAUGGCACUUUACGGCAUGGUUACAACAUUCGCAACGCUUGGAUUUCCGAUCGCAGUGCGGGCAGGAUUUGCAGCCGUUUUUGCCAUGCGAAUAUUACAGGGCAUAUCAACAGCACUCUCAUUCCCAGCAACUGGCCUAAUCCCUUCACAGUGGUCAACGCUGAAGGCUGCCGGCUCUUUCAUUGCUAUACUAUCCUGUCAUGUGCAGUUCUGCAACAUCUUCACUAUGCCGGUAGCAGGAUUUCUUUGUGAGAGUUCGCUUGGAUGGCCUUCAGUAUUCUAUCUGCAGGGCAUCCUCACAGCACUAGCCUUUACCACCUUCUUUUUUUUCUAUGAGGAUGAUCCGAGUUUGCAUAGAAAUGUCAGCUCAAGUGAAAUCCGGAAGAUCAGUUCGGGAAAGUUGGGACAGAAGAAAGAGGCUAUACCUUACAGAGCUAUCAUUACGGAUCCUUGUAUACUCGGCGUAUGGUUAUCGACAAUCGGAGGCAAUCUUGGAUUUCAAAUAUUCCUUCUCUAUGGUCCCACGUACAUGAACAAGGUUCUCCACUUCGAUGUCAAAUCGACUGGAUUCGCCACCGCUUUACCGUUCAUCCUCUCAGCGGUAGUGAAAUUCGUAGUGGGACCGAUCUCAGACCGUGCCACAUUCAUACCGGGACGAUGGCGACUCAUCUUUUUUGCAGCGUUCUCGCAAGGAAUGAUGGCUGUUUGCAUAUUACUGCUUGCUUUUGUCACAAGUCCUCGUCUCGGCCAAAUCACCUACACCGCCGCCAUUGUUUUCAGUGGCAUUAAUGUAGUCGGCGUCGUCAAAUGUGCCCAACUGGUGGCACGUCAACAUGUUCACUUUGUUAUGACUGUGAUCUCAUUCCUUCUAUGUAUAAUCAUUCUUCUUAUUCCGGUAGCCGUCAACAUUGUUUGUCCAGACAACACUCCGGAACAAUGGUCUAAUUUAUUCCUCGGAAUAAGUAUAAUCGUUGUAGUGGCGAAUGCUCCGUUCGCUUUUCUGGCUAGAAGUGAUCCGGCACCGUGGACGGGUAGUAAGAUUCAUGCGGUUCUACAGGAAAAAAUCGAUCGGAGCAAAAUUGAAGAUCUCACGAAGAGUCACGACAUUGCCGUUUACAUUCGCCACGGAAUCUCUUGUGAAACUACGGUAGCUGAAUUCUUUCCUCACACCACUUAUGACAAAGGAUUCCCACUUUUCCGUAUAAUAUUCCUUACUCUGGCGUUCUUUUGGCGGACAACAAUCGGCGCGAGAAAAGGGCAGUAUGAGAAUGAUUCAUGCGUCCGAAAGAUGUACUUCUCCGAUCGUACCCGUUACCUCAUCCUAACACUGUCGGUCGUUUGCCUUACAUUGAUCUUCUCGAACAGUAUUGCACUCAACUUUACCAUAAUCUGCAUGAACGACGUUCGAUCGGACUUUCACCGCAGUUUGUCAACGAAUGCCAGUCACGAACAACACUGGCUUGAUUCAAGCACUCAUGUCAAUUCGCUGUUCUCAGCAGUUGCCAUUGGGACUUUGAUAGGCACGAUUCCAAGCACUUUUCUCAUCCAUAAAAUUGGAUUUUGCAAGACUAUGACGCUAUAUGGAGCGGCUACAACGUUGGCGACGCUAGGAUUUCCACUUGCAGUGAAAACAGGAUUCGUGGCGGUGUUUAUUAUGAGAAUACUACAGGGGAUCGCAACAUCACUGUCUUUCCCCGCAACCGGUGUGAUACCAGCACAAUGGUCGACGGUGAAGUCAACUGGGACCUUUAUGGCCAUCAUAUCUUGUGCUUUGCAGUUCUGCAACAUCUUCACAAUGCCGGUAUCGGGUUUUCUAUGCGAGAGCUCACUCGGCUGGCCCUCUGUGUUCUACCUGCAGGGUGUGCUGUCAGCUAUAGCCUUUACCACCUUCUUCUUCUUCUAUAAGGACGAUCCAAGUAAACACAGAAAUGUCAGCCCAGUGGAACUUCAAAAAAUCAGCUUGGGUAAGCAGGGUCAAAAGAAGGAGGCCAUUCCCUUCAGGGCUAUCAUUACGGAUCCGUGUAUACUCGGCGUUUGGUUGGCGGCGAGUGGAGGCAAUCUUGGGUUCCAAGUAUUCCUUAUUUAUGGUCCUACUUAUAUUAAUAAGGUUCUCCACUUCAAUGUCAAAUCAACCGGAUUCGCCACCGCCCUGCCGUUCAUUCUCUCGGCAGCAGUAAAAUUCGUAGUGGGGCCAAUUUCGGAUCGAGCUACAUUCGUAUCGGGACGAUGGCGGCUAAUUUUUUUCGCCGCUUUGUCGCAGGGAACGAUGGCUCUGUGUAUAUUUCUACUUUCUGUCGUUACAAACCCUCGUGUGGCUCAAGUCGCCUAUACUACGGCCAUAGUGUUCAGCGGUAUUAACAUCGUCGGCGCCAUUAAAUCUGCACAAUUGGUUUCACGUCAAUAUGCGCAUUUCGUUAUGGCUGUGAUUGCUUUUCUUCUUUGUCUCAUCAUUUUUCUUGUGCCGGUAGCUGUCAAUGUUGUUUGCCCAGACAACACACCAGAACAAUGGUCUAAUUUAUUUCUUGGAGUAAGUAUACUCGUAGUUGUGGCAAACAUCCCAUUUUUGUUUGUGGCUAGUAACGAUCCGGCACCAUGGACUGGUAACAAAGUGCACGGGGCUCCAGCGGAGAAAGUUGAUAGUGCUGAAAUUGAAGAUCUCCGGAAAGAUUCUACUAGUAGUGAUCCAUCGUCAUGGACUGAUAGUAAAACGCAUCCGGUCCCACCACUCAAGCUUGAUGGAGUCGAAGUCGAAGAUCUACAGAGAGAUUCUACUCAACAAAGCUAA